CUGAAACUGCGACAGCUGCUCUUCAUGGCAACCAGGACUCCUGAGGAAAUCCUCCGGGAUGAAGCCUGCUGCUCUGUCUGCCUGGAAAUAUUCCAGGACCCCGUGUCCAUCCACUGUGGGCACAGCUUUUGCCGGUCGUGCAUCACUGGGAUCUGGGAAGGACUGACCACCAACUUCUCCUGCCCCCAGUGCAGGGAGACAGUGUCCCAGAAGAGCCUCCGCCCCAACUGGGAGUUGGCCAACAUGAUUGAAGCAGCCAAGAGAUUGAACAUGCAACGGGACAGAGUGGUGGAAGGAGGGGAGAACUUGUGCGAGGAGCACCAGGAACCCCUGAAACUCUUCUGCCAAGAUGACAAAAUGCUUAUCUGCAUGGUGUGUGACAAGUCCAAGGCUCACCGUAACCAUUCUGUGGUUCCCGUGGGUGAGGCUGCCCAGGAGUACAAGAAACAAAUUCAGACCCAACUGCACCUUCUGAAAUCAGAGCAAGAGGAGCUUCAAUCCUCCAUGAAGGACAGGCAAGACAGAAUCAAGGACCACACUGAGAGGACAGAAGCUGCAAAGCAGGAGAUUGUGAGGACAUAUAGGAAGUUGCACGAGCUCCUGGAGAAGGAGGAGUCCUCUUUUCUGGCCCAGCUGGAGCAGCUGGACAAAGAGAUGGUGAACGCACAUGAAGAAAUCUACCAGAAGCUUUCGGAUGAGACGAUGAGCCUGGGCACACUGAUUGGGGAGAUGGAGAAGACAUACCAGCAGCCAGACUUGGAGCUCCUGAAGGACAUUGGAACCACCUUGAGCAGGGGCCAGAGGGAAACGCUCUCCCACUCACUCCAGAUUUCCCCGCAGCUGGAAAAGAAAUUCUCGGAUUUCACUGAGAAAUCCGCAGCCAUCAAGGAAAUUCUGGAGAAAUUCCAAGAUUUCCCGGAGUUCGAGCUUCCCUUGACAAGUAAGGUGGUUGAGGCACCAUCCCUGGAGGUGUUCAAAAGACGGGUUGAUGAAGUGCUGGGAGCACAGAUGACGCUGGACCCAGAGACGGCCAACCCCUUGCUUCGUCUCUCGGAAGACUGCAAGCUCGUGCGGUGGGAAUGCUGUGAGCAGGACCUGCCCUACAACCCAAGGAGGUUCAAAUUUCAUCCCUGUGUGCUGGGCUCGAGGGGCUUCACAUCAGGGUGGCAUUGCUGGGAAGUUGAGGUCCACAGAGAAGGCUUUUGGGGCAUGGGGGUGGUCAAGGAGUCGGUUCCAAGGGACCAUGGGUUUUGCCUGAACGCCGGCGAGGGAGUAUGGGCUCUGCGUCAUACUGAUUAUGGGUACAAGGCUCUGACCUCUCUGAAUGUCACCCGCUUGACUCUAUGCAGUGUCCCCAAGCGGAUACGAAUCUGCUUGGACUAUGAGGAAGGGUGGGUGGUGUUUUUUGAUGCCGAGAGUAAUGAACAGAUCUUUGCUUUUCCACCGGCGUCUUUUGAAGGGGAGAGAGUCUUCCCGUGGUUCAUGCUUACAGGGGAUGCUCAACUCAGACUUCUUCCAUAAGACACAGGAAAAAAACUACCAUCAAACAAAGCCCGAAGCCACCAAUUUACCCUUGGAAAGAAAUCAGAAGAUGGGUUUUGUCCCAGUCCCACCAAAGGCAAAGGAAAGGGGAGUGGUGUUCAGGUUCCUUUCCUUCUGUGCAAAAUGGGAGCAUUUCUGUACCUUCAACUCUAUUUUGCUCUUUUAAUCACUGUUUAAUCACUAAAUGGCUGUUACAGGGUGGCUGCAAACUUGCCCGGAUGAGAAGAUAAAAUUAAAAGUGCAAUUCUAAGUUUUUUC